AGGUAACAGGUUCAUCCCCAACAGGUCAGCGAUGCACAUGGACAUGGCGCACUACCUUCUGACGGAGCCGAGGAAGGACAAGGAGAACGUGGCGACGCCGCCGUCACCGGCCAAGGAGGCGUAUCGGAGACUGCUACCCGAGAAGCUGCUCAACAACCGCACCAGGAUCCUCGCUUUCCAGAACAGGCCGCCUGAGCCUGCCAACAACUUCCUCGCGGAGCUGCGUGCCGAUGCGGCUUCCAUCCAGGACAAACCGGCGAGGCAGCGUCGAUACAUCCCUCAGUCCCCAGAGAGGAUGCUGGAUGCGCCAGGCCUCGUUGAUGAUUACUGCCUUAACCUGCUGGACUGGGGGAGCGCCAAUGUGCUGUCGAUUGCACUGGGCAACACGGUAUACCUUUGGGACGCCUCAAGUGGCUCGACGUCUGAGCUCGUUACCGUUGAUGAGGACGAUGGCCCUGUCACUAGUGUUAGCUGGGCUCCUGAUGGCCGCCACGUUGCUAUUGGCCUCGACUCCUCAGCUGUCCAGCUCUGGGAUUCCACCUCUAACCGACUGCGGAGAACGCUGCAAGGUGUGCAUGAGUCGAGAGUUGGUUCACUGGCAUGGAACAACAACAUCCUGACCGCUGGUGAUAUGGACGGCAAGAUUGUGAACAAUGAUAUGAGGAUUAGGAACCAUGCCGUGCAGACAUACCAUGGGCACCACCAGGAGGUGUGUGGACUUACGUGGUCAGGAUCAGGGAAGAGGUUGGCCAGUGGUGGGAACGACAGCCUCCUCCACAUAUGGGAUGUGUCUAUGGCAUCGUCUGCACAAUCUACAGGUCGCACCCAAUGGUUACACAGGCUUGACGACAACUUGGCUGCCGUGAAGGGGCUUGCAUGGUGCCCAUUUCAGAGCAACCUGCUGGCAUCCGGCGGUGGCGUAGGUGACAGAUGCAUCAAGUUUUGGAACACACACACUGGCGCAUGCCUUAACUCUGUUGACACUGGGUCACAAGUGUGUGCACUGCUCUAGAACAAGAAUGACAGAGAGCUGUUGAGCUCGCAUGGUUUCACGCAGAAUCAGCUCGCCCUAUGGAAGUACCCGUCGAUGGUUAAGAUGGCUGAACUCAAUGGCCAUGCUUACCCUGUCCUCUACAUGGCCCAGAGCCCUGAUUGUUAACAUGUAUUGUAUAAACUCAUGUAUGUGUACUCUAGUCCGCUCCUGAUCUUUAGGAUCUGAGCCCUCGCCCAGGCCUGCGUGCCACCUAGUUCGGGCUCCCUUGUAACUUCUUGUAUAAAUUGUACAGUCCGCAUCCAAGGCAAUACACAGAGCAAAUUCUAUCGCCUAACUCUGAUGGUUGCACAGUGGCAUCUGCUGCGGCAGAUGAGGAACUGCGGUUCUGGAACGUCUUUGGGACUUCUGAUGCUCCGAAGGCUACAGUCUACAGGGGAACGUUCAAUUGUUAUAAUCACAUCCGCUAGAGAGAAGUCGAUAUUAUAACUCUGAACUACCACCAAAGUCUAAUAUCCAAACCCCCAAACUUCAAAACCGUCCACUUCAGUAUGCCCGUAACUUAUAUUAGUUGCUACUUUUACAUUGAUCCAGAUGAACGUCAAGACCAGUUUGAUGUAUUAUACAUAACAGAUGUCGGUGAUAUAUAGUAUUUUUUGUAAUGAACUAUGCACCGUCUCGAAAGCAUGUGUCGUCCGAGAGAAUUCGAACU